AUGUUGUGGACAAAGUUGUUGAUUGGGCUAUUUGCCGCGUCAGGGGCAGCUCAGUCCACCGACGGGCUCUACGAUCUGGUCAAGCGGAGAUUACCGAACCACGUUGACAAUCUUCGCUUUAGUCUGGUUUCCAAUAUCACUGGAAGCAAUGGUGGCUAUGAUCAUUUCAUCGUUCAGGAUGCUCCCAAUGGCACCAUAAUUGUGCAGGGAACCUCUCUCAGUGCGCUCUCGUCGGGUCUCCAUCGCUAUUUGGCCGACGUCGCUCAUGUGGACAUAUACUGGUUCAUUGGAAGCCGGCUGGAUCAGGCACCUGCUAAGCUUCCUCGUCUCCGCGCCCCAAUCCAUGGCUCGAGCACAGUUCCUUGGAGAUACCACUUUAACACCGUAACAUUUUCUUACACCACUGCUUUCUGGUCAUGGGAGGAAUGGGAGACAGAGCUAGACUGGAUGGCUCUGCGUGGCAUCAAUCUCCCCCUUGCUUGGGUUGGCGCCGAGAAGAUCAUGGUAGAGGUAUUCCGAGAAAUCGGACUCACCGACGCAGAGAUUGCAACUUUCCUCAGUGGACCAGCCUUCCAAGCCUGGAACAGAUUCGGAAAUAUCCAAGGCUCCUGGGGCGGCGACUUGCCUACAGCAUGGAUUGACGAGCAAUUCGCCCUUCAGAAGAAGAUCGUACGUCGCAUGGUUGAGUUGGGAAUGACACCUGUGCUUCCUGCAUUUACCGGCUUUGUUCCCAACAACAUCACCCGCGUAUAUCCCAAUGCGAGCGUCGUUCGCUCAUCAUCUUGGAAUGGGUUCCAGACCCAAUACACCAAUGAUUCAUUCCUCGAGCCAUUCGAUGACCAUUUCGCGCCUCUUCAAACUAGCUUCCUGCAAAAACAGCAAGCUGCUUAUGGCAACGUGAGCCACGUCUAUACUUUGGAUCAGUAUAAUGAGAUGGAUCCAUACUCGGGAGAUUUGGAUUACCUCCGCAAUGUUACUAGUACUACUUGGCAGAGUCUCAAGAAUGUGGAUCCUGAUGCGAUCUGGUUGAUGCAAGGUUGGCUGUUUUACAGCUCGGAGACCUUUUGGACUGAUGAACGGGUGAAAGCUUAUCUUUCCGGUGUUGAAGAUGAUAACGACAUGCUGAUUCUGGACCUUUUCUCCGAGUCCGAGCCUCAGUGGCGUCGCACAGACUCCUAUUACGGCAAGCCGUGGAUUUGGUGUCAGUUACACGACUAUGGAGGCAAUAUGGGCCUCUACGGACAAAUCUCGAACAUCACACAGAACGCAUCGCAGGCAUUGACUGAGUCUUCUUCUAUGGUCGGUUAUGGGCUCAGUCCAGAGGGUCAAGAAGGCAACGAGAUUGUUUAUGAUUUGCUCUUGGACCAGGCUUGGUCUUCAACCCCGAUCAAUACACAGAAAUACUUCCACAACUGGGUGACUAGCCGAUACGCCGGUUCUGGCUCUAUUCCCCAGGGGCUCUAUGAUGCAUGGGAAACUAUGCGGAAGCCCGUCUAUGAUAACACCGAUAUCGACGACAUUGAUGCUGUGAUCAAAUCUAUUUUCGAGCUUAAGCCAGAUGUCACGGGUCUUAUCAAUAAGACUGGUCACCACGGCACAAUGCUUACCUACGACCCGUCUGUGGUCGCACAGGCAUGGCAAUCCAUGUACCACGCUGCCAACUCUGAGCCAAAGCUGUGGACCAAUCCAGCCUACCAACAUGACAUGGUCGAUAUCACCCGUCAAGUGAUGGCCAAUGCCUUCAUUCCACUGUAUACCAAGCUGAUCUCGAGCUGGAAUACUUCCAACCCAAACAGGGCAACAAUUUCGCGAGAAGGACAAAACUUGGUCCAAUUACUGACCGACCUCGACUCCGUCCUUUCUACGAACGAGAAUUUCCGACUUUCGAAAUGGAUUAAAUCCGCUCGAUCAUGGGCUCAUGGUGACGCAAGUCAAGCUUCAUUCUACGAGUAUGAUGCUCGUAAUCAAAUCACUCUGUGGGGUCCUCGUGGAGAAAUCACUGACUAUGCUUCGAAGCAAUGGGGCGGUCUUGUUUCUUCGUACUAUGUCCCUCGAUGGAAGAUUUUGGUAGAAUGUUUAGAGUCAACCCCCGUUUCGGCGUACAACGAUACGGCUUUGGGGGAUCAACUGCUCGAUUUUGAACUUGGAUGGCAAAAUCAGACGUGGUUGGAUGAAUCCACUGAUUCAUCUGAUUUGAAGAAGGUGCUGACACAAGUGCACCAACGGUGGCAAACUGUUUUUGCGUGA